AUGUGUGUGGACGAUAUGGGAAAGACGCCGGAGGACGAUGGCCGUCUUCCGCCAGCUUCUACAGACACCCUGUGCGUGUGCGAGCCAAACGGAUGUGCACUGUGCGUUCGUGCGCCGCAACAUUGUAUUGUGGACAUGCCACUACACGUCUACAGGGAAGCCAUCCGGGAAGUGCGGUCCACGUCCCUUGCACCAGAGACGACGACGCCUCCAUAUGAAGAUGUCACCUGUGGUGGAGCCGUCCUCGACACAUUAUAA